AUGGUGGUGGAGCAAAGAUUACGAGGAAAGAGUUGCGACGAGUGCUUGUAACCCUAAUUUCGACGCGCUUCGUGGAGGAGCUUGCAACCUUGAUUUCGACUUUGCUCCGCGGUGUGUUGUGGAUUCUCGUUGCGGAUUUGUAGGUUGUGGAGUGACAGUGGAGGUCAGUUGAAGAGCCAUCGAGCAGGAUAAACCAGGGUUUGUUGGGUUUGGGGUAGUUUGUGAGUUAGGUUUGCUUGGUGGCUUAGCUAUGGCGGAGGACGAUCUGCCUGCGCCAGAGGCCAGCGUGCAGAAUGUGUUGGAGCAGACGGAUUUGAAAUGGAUCUUCGUGGGUGGGAAGGGAGGCGUUGGCAAGACGACCUGUAGCUGCAUGCUUGCGGUUCUGUUAGCUCAAGUGCGAGAAUCUGUGUUGCUCAUUUCGACGGAUCCCGCACACAACCUCAGCGAUGCGUUCUGCCAGAAGUUUACCAAGUCGCCGUCCAUGGUUAACGGAUUCGGCAAUCUGUUCGCCAUGGAAGUUGAUCCCACCGUGGAAAGCGAAGAUCUGGAGGACCAGGCUAAUGGGUUGGGCAUGGGAGGGUUUGUGUCGGAGCUUGCGAAUGCCAUUCCGGGAAUCGAUGAAGCCAUGAGCUUCGCAGAGAUGCUGAAGCUGGUCCAGACCAUGGAUUACAGCGUGAUCGUGUUCGAUACGGCGCCCACGGGGCAUACGCUUCGGCUUUUGCAGUUCCCUUCCACGUUGGAGAAGGGUCUGGAGAAGGUGAUGAGCUUGAAGAAUAAGUUUGGAGGGUUGAUUAGCCAGGUUUCCCGCAUGUUCGGAGCCGGAGAUGAAUUCGGGGAGGAUGCGUUGUUAGGGAAGGUGGAGAAUAUCAAGGCGGUAAUUGAGCAGGUCAAUAAUCAGUUUCGGAACCCAGAUAUGACCACAUUCAUCUGCGUGUGUAUACCUGAGUUUCUGUCAUUGUAUGAAACUGAGAGACUGGUUCAGGAGCUUGCUAGAUUCGAAAUCGACACUCACAACAUCAUCAUCAAUCAAGUUCUCUUCCAACCAGACGUAUCCGACUCCAAGCUGCUUCAAGCUCGCGUGCGGAUGCAGCAGAAGUAUCUCGACCAGUUCCAUGAGUUGUACGAGGAUUUCAAUAUCACUAAAUUGCCUCUUCUCCCGGAGGAAGUGCGGGGGGUAGAAUCCUUGAAGUCUUUUUCAAGGAAUUUGACGACGCCUUAUGUUCCUGAACCGGCAACAGACAGCGUCGAUUCGCAAAGGAUCAGGGAAUUGGAAGCAGAGGUGGCAUCCUUACAAGCUACAUGUAAGGGUUUGCAGUCUGAAUUGUUGAAGCUUAAGGAGGGAUGUUAAGCUCUUCUUAAUAUUGGCACAGUAGCGAUUGUUUGUGGAAACUGCAUUUGAAUCCGCAUGCUUACAAUCAAAGACUAAGUUGGCAUUGGUGCCAAUUUCAGGCUGACCUUGCUAGUUUCGUAAUAAAUACUAGCUCGAUGUGUUCAAUGGUAGAUGAGAUGACAACGAUUUAGUUGAUGCUCAAGCAGAAGAUAUAACCCAGCAAAUGCAGAAACAAAUUUUCAAGAAUGAAGCAUGGAUAUAAAGAUAGAUUAUUUUCAUGUCACUGAUGGUAGUUUUGCAUGUACUGAUGGACAUUAUGAAUUGCAAAUAGAUUGGGAUAUUGUUCAAUUUGAA